CACUGAGUGGAGAAAAUGAGGGGGUGUUGAGGAGUGAGGAGGAGGGAGUCUGAGGGAAACAAGACGGUGAGAACUGAGGAGUGAGUGAGCACACGGUGAGAGCAGAGAGACUGGGAACAAGGGAGAAAGACCUGAAAUAUCCUUCAGCAUCAAACAGAGAUGACGUCACUGUGCAAGGACCUGGGUGUACUUCUUCUUUUUCUGAUUGCCUCACCACUUCUCCACUCCCUUUUCACUCAUGCUGCCUCUACUUCCCCUCCCAUCACUCGUCCACGAAUCAGAUUCAUCACAGGCUUGGGCUCAGAUGAUGACUAUAUCGAUGAAGACCUUGACAACUACAGUUCUCCUCCUAAAGUGCUGACCUCUGUGGAGAUUCCCGCUGUCCACCAGGAACCCAAGCCUUGCCAGUACAACCCCUGCUUGGAGAAUCAGGAGCCCUGCGACCAUCUUGCAGCACAGACUGGGUGCCUCUGUCCUGGGCUCAGUGGGCCUGAUGAGCCUCCUCACGCACCACACAUCCAAGCACUGCGGCCAAUCAGUGAGGGGGAUAACAGGGGGAAGGUAGAGGUGCAGUGGUGUGCUCCACCUUCUGCGGUGUUAAGGUACAGAGUGGUGGUUGAGGGAAGUGAUGGUGAUACCUUGGAGUUUGGGUAUGCCAUGCGACAAGGUUUGGUGGGAUCUUUGAAAGUUGGGACCAAGGUGUGUGUGGAGGCAGUAAACAAUGCAGGACACAGCAUCCCCUCAGAGUACUCCUGUAAGCGGUAUGACCAUCCGGAAUCCUCUGACCAUCACGUUUUGGCCUGGGUCAUAUGUGGAGGAGUCGCCCUCCUUCUACUUGUCACCAUAAUAGCUGUGAUCCUAUGGAAGCAUAAAAUGUGUCAGAAGGGAAAGAGAGACUCCACUGAUGGACUUGGGAACCCUUCUUACAGCACAGAAGGAACUCUGUAAUCCAGAUUAGUGAAGCAAUCCAUCCCUGUUACGGCCCCAUGAGACAGCGGGCACUGGGGCGUGAUCACGAACAAAAGCCAAAUUGUUCUGAGGUGGUGCUGUGAUUCAUUAUUGAAUUGCACAGUUAUUUACACUCCUGUUUCAGGAACAUAUGUGGGAAUAUAUUGGGAGAAAGGGCAGUGGUGUUCGUGGAAUAACAAUAACAGUUAAUUGUGUUGUGUUUUUGAGUUAGAAAUAUAGGUUUAUUUGCUGGCAAAUUAACCUGUGCAGGUUUACUGUAGUGAAUUUAAUUGUAAAUAAUGUUUUUUAGGAUAUAGCUACUUAGUGAAACUUUUGUAAUAAACUAAAACUUAUUUUAAUUAAAAAAAAAAAA